AUGAGUCAUAAUGAAUCAUGUGAACAAUCUUCAGAAGAUAAUAAAAAUGAGGGAAGUAACGUUUUAACAAAUUCCACACAACAUUUGGAAAAUAACGAAAUAAACAAUUACGAUGAUGCAAAUAAAAACGAUGAAUUAAAUUCAUCACAUAAUGUCAUAAACGACCAAGGAGGUGUGGAAAACAAACAAGAUAAUAUGUGUAAUAAUAUCAAUGAUAUAUUUUUUGAUAAACCUGAUAGUAAUAAUAAUAAUAAUGAAAAAAAUAAUAUGAAUGAUAUAAAUAAUAUAGCACAAAAUGUACCUAACGGUUUUAUAAAUAAUAUAGGAAAUGUUGCAUAUAAUAAUAUGAAUGCAUAUCCACCUAAUAUUCCAAAAUUACCAACCAAUAUGCCAUUUUUACCACCAAAUAUGCCCAUUUUACCACCACACUUGCAACACAUGCCAAACGUAUUACCACAUUUACAAAAUAUACCAAAUGUCCCACCACAUUUAGCAAAUUUUCCAAAUAUGAUAAACGUGCCUAAUUUACCACCACAUAUGCAUAACCUUCCUCCCAAUAUGCAUAGUCUUCCACCACAUAUGCAUAAUCUUCCACCAAAUAUGCAUAGUCUUCCACCCAACAUGCAUAGUCUUCCACCAAAUAUGAAUUAUAUACCACCAGGUUUAAAUAAUUAUAUGCCAAAUAUGAUGAAUAUGCCUCCUCCUUAUAUGAUGAAAAUGCCAAACAUGAAAAUGAAAAGUAAUAAAAUUAUUAACAACGUAUCAAAUAAUCAAGUAGAUCAUGUAAGAAAUUCCAACGUAUAUAAUGAGGAGGGAAUGCAACUAAAUAAUGAUAAUAAUGAGGAUUAUGCCCACGAUUUAAGCUCUUCUCAUUAUUUAUCACCAGGUUCUUACCUACCCAAUAAUAUCAAAAUGAAUAAUAAUGAAAUAAACCAAUUGGAUACUAAUGGGCUAACUUUUCCAUCACAAUUUAAUGAGCACCAACAAAAAAAAUUACAACAUGGAUAUGGUGGUGGUGGUGAUGGUUGUGAUGAUGAUGAAGGAGAUUAUUCAAUGAAAGAAAAACAAAAGAACAAAAAAGAUAUAAACUAUAAAAACAAAAAAGCAAAGAAAUAUCACGAUUUUGAAGGAGAUGAUGAAAAUUAUAAUACAAAUGGAGGAGAUGAAAAUUCGUUAUAUGAUUCAAAUACAUUUUCUAUUAUAAAGGAAAAAGCUCGAAAAUGGAAAAUGCUAAAUAGCAAGAAAUAUUCUAAAAAAAAAAAGUUUGGUGUAAUAGAAGAAAAGGAAGAAAUGCCAUGUGAACAUUUAAGAAAAAUUGUUAAGGAACAUGGUGAUAUGAGUAAUAAAAAAUAUAGAUAUGAUAAAAGGGUUUAUUUAGGUGCUCUCAAAUAUAUUCCACAUGCAGUUUUUAAAUUAUUAGAAAAUAUUCCUAUGCCAUGGGAACAAAUAAAGAAUACCAAAGUAAUAUAUCAUAUAACAGGUGCUAUAACAUUUGUAAAUGAAACAUUUGUAGUUAUCGACCCAUUAUAUAUAGCACAAUGGGGUACUAUGUGGAUAAUGAUGAGAAGAGAAAAAAGAGAUCGAAAGCAUUUUAAAAGAAUGAGAUUCCCACCAUUUGAUGACGAAGAACCACCUUUAGAUUAUGCUGAUAACAUUUUAGAUAUUGAACCAUUAGAAUGUAUACAAAUGAAAUUAGAUAAAGAUGAAGAUAAAAGUGUUAUUGAUUGGUUUUAUGAUUCUAAACCAUUAUUAUAUAAUAAAAAUCAUAUACCUGGUACUAGUUAUAAAAAAUAUAAAUUGUCAUUAGAACAAAUGGGAGUAUUGUAUAGACUAGGAAAUCAAUUAUUUAGUGAUUUCCAGGAUGAUAAUUAUUUUUACUUAUUCAAUUUAAAGUCAUUUUAUACAGCUAAAGCAUUAAAUAUGGCUAUACCAGGAGGUCCUAAAUUUGAACCUUUAUAUAGAGAUAUAUAUGAAGAUGAUGAAGAUUGGAAUGAAUUUAAUGACAUAAAUAAAAUUAUUAUACGUCAGCAAAUAAGAACAGAAUAUAAAAUAGCAUUUCCAUAUUUAUAUAAUAAUAGACCAAGAAAAAUUGCAGUUAGUAAAUACCAUUCACCUAUGUGUGUAUAUAUAAAAUUAGAAGAUAUUGAUUUGCCACCAUUUUAUUUCGAUUUAAUUAUAAAUCCCAUACCAUCCUAUAAAAUUAGAAAGUUUAAUAAAUCAUCUGAAAAGAAUGAGAAUGAACUAUUUGAUGACGAUUUUUAUUUAACAUAUACAAGAAAGGAAAUCUAUUAUUAUGAACAUGAUCGUGACAACAAAAGAAAAAAGUCAUCAUCAUCAUCAUCUAAGAGUAGGAGACAUUCUAAGCAUUCUGAUACUGAUGAUAAUCAGUAUGAUAAAGGUCAUCGAAAGUACAAGAGAAGGUCAUCGCAUAAAAGUUUUAAGAGGGAUAAAAGAAGAAGUACUCAUUCGAGUAAUUAUAAAGAUAGCGAUGAAGAGGACAACAAUUCAAGUGUAAGUAGCACUAAUAAUAAUGAUAAUAAUGACAUUAGUGAUAAUAAUAAUGACAAUAGUGAUAAUAAUAAUGACAAUAGUGAUAAAAGUAAUAAUAAUCACAAUAAUCACAAUAGUGAUAAUAGCGAUAAUAGUGAUACUUAUAUAUCGAGUAGUAAAUAUAACUCCAACAAUUUGAGCAGUAGGACUAGCAAAAAUAAGGAUGAACCCUACGAAAUUGAUAGUACUGUGGAAAAUUAUUCAGCUGAUGAUAGUUCAGAAAAAGGAAGAAAUAAAAAAAAAGAAAAAAAUAAAAAAAAACGAAAAAAUCCAUACAAGGAUGAUAGUAUCAAGAGUGAUGAUGAUGAUGAUGAUAAUAAUAAUAAAAGUGAUGUAAAUAAUCAGAAAGAUGAUAACAUAUGUGUUUCUAAAAAAAAUAAAAAAAUGAUUAUUAAACAUGUGGAAUAUGGAAUGCUUCCAUUGCUCCACAAUUAUCCUUUAUACACAGAACGUACUAUAAACGGUAUACAAUUAUAUCAUGCUCCUUAUCCAUUUAAUAAGAAAUGUGGAUAUACCAGAAGAGGUAUCGAUAUUCCUUUAGUUCAGUCAUGGUUUAAAGAACAUAUAUCAACAAAAUAUCCUGUAAAGGUUAGAGUAUCUUAUCAGAAGCUUUUAAAAUGUUGGGUUUUGAAUCAUUUACAUUCUAAAAGACCCAAAAGUAUGAAGAAGAAAUAUUUAUUUCGUAUAUUUAAAAGUACAAAAUUUUUUCAAUGUACAGAAAUGGAUUGGGUAGAGGUAGGUUUACAAGUAUGUCGACAAGGUUAUAAUAUGUUAAAUUUAUUAAUACAUCGUAAGAAUUUAAAUUAUUUACACUUAGAUUAUAAUUUUAAUUUAAAACCUGUAAAGACAUUAACAACUAAAGAAAGGAAAAAAUCUCGAUUUGGUAAUGCAUUUCAUUUAUGUAGAGAAAUAUUAAGAUUAACUAAAUCGAUUGUUGAUUCACAUGUACAAUAUCGAUUAGGUAAUAUAGAUGCAUAUCAGCUAGCUGAUGGUAUUCAAUAUAUUUUUGCUCACGUUGGUCAAUUGACUGGUAUGUAUCGAUAUAAAUAUAGGUUAAUGAGACAAGUACGUAUGUGUAAAGAUUUAAAGCAUUUAAUAUAUUAUCGAUUUAAUACUGGAUCUGUUGGUAAGGGUCCUGGUUGUGGUUUAUGGGCUCCUUUAUGGAGAGUAUGGAUUUUUUUCCUAAGAGGUGUUAUCCCACUAUUAGAAAGGUGGUUGAGUAAUUUAUUGGCUAGACAGUUUGAAGGUAGAGUAUCAAAAGGUAUAGCAAAAACGGUUACUAAGCAAAGAGUCGAAAGUCAUUUCGAUUUAGAAUUAAGAGCAGCUGUUAUGCAUGAUAUUAUAGAUAUGAUACCAGAAGGUUUAAAAAAUAAUAAAGGGAAAGCUAGAUUAAUAUUACAACAUUUGAGUGAAGCAUGGAGAUGUUGGAAAGCGAAUAUACCAUGGAAAGUGGUAGGCCUUCCAUUACCUGUAGAAAAUAUAAUUAUUCGAUAUAUAAAAUUAAAAGCCGAUUGGUGGGUGAAUGCAACUUAUUAUAAUAGAGAAAGAAUAAAAAGAGGAGCGACUGUAGAUAAGACUGUAUGUAAAAAGAAUUUAGGUCGAUUAACUCGAUUAUGGCUUAAAGCAGAACAAGAAAGGCAACAUGAAUAUUUAAAAGAUGGACCAUAUGUGAGUGGAGAAGAAGCAGUAGCAUUAUAUACAACAGCUAUACAUUGGUUUGAAUCUAGAAAAUUUACUCAUAUACCAUUUCCUCCUUUAAAUUAUAAACAUGAUACGAAAUUACUUAUAUUAGCUUUAGAAAAAUUAAAAGAAACCUUUACAGUGAAGAAUAGAUUAAAUCAAUCACAAAGAGAAGAAUUGGGUUUUAUUGAACAGGCGUAUGAUAAUCCAUAUGAAACGUUAUCAAGAAUAAAAAGACAUUUAUUAACUCAACGUGCAUUUAAAGAAAUAUCUAUAUCAUUUUUAGAUUUGUAUACUCAUUUAGUGCCUGUAUAUGAGGUGGAUCCAUUAGAAAAGAUAACAGAUGCGUAUUUAGAUCAGUAUUUAUGGUAUGAAGGUGAUUUAAGAAAUUUAUUUCCGAAUUGGGUUAAGCCAUCAGAUAAUGAGCCUCAACCGUUGUUAGUUUAUAAAAUGUGUCAAGGUAUAAAUAAUUUACAUAAUAUAUGGGAGACGCAAAAUAAUGAGUGUGUAGUUAUGCUUCAAACACAGUUUAGUAAAAUAUAUGAGAAGAUUGAUUUAACAUUAUUGAAUAGAUUAUUAAGAUUAAUAGUAGAUCACAACAUAGCGGAUUAUAUAACAGCAAAGAAUAAUACAAAUAUAACAUUUAAAGAUAUGAAUCAUAUUAAUUCGUUUGGUAUAAUACGUGGUUUACAAUUUUCCUCAUUUGUAUUUCAGUAUUAUACUAUAAUAAUAGAUUUGUUAAUAUUGGGUUUAACAAGAGCAUAUGACAUAGCAGGUCCUUAUAAUGACGUAAAUCAAUUCUUAACAUUUCAGAAUGUGCAGAUAGAAACAAGACAUCCAAUUAGGUUAUAUUGUAGAUAUGUGGAUAAGAUAUGGAUAUUAUUUAAAUUUACAAAUGAAGAAUCGAAAGAUUUAAUACAGAAAUUUUUGACAGAAAAUCCAGAUCCAAAUAAUGAAAAUAUAGUUGGAUAUAAUAAUAAAACAUGUUGGCCUAGAGAUUGUCGUAUGAGGAAGAUGAAACAUGAUGUUAAUUUGGGAAGAGCAACAUUUUGGGAAAUACAAAAUCGUAUUCCAAGAUCUUUAACAUCAUUAGAUUGGGAUCAUUAUAAUACAUUUGUGAGUGUAUAUUCAAAGGAUAAUCCUAAUUUGUUAUUUUCUAUAGCUGGUUUUGAGGUUCGUAUAUUACCAAAAAUACGUCAACUGAGUUAUGGUUACAAUGGUAUUAUGUAUACAUCUUAUGUGAAUGAAUAUUAUACUAGAGGUGUGAAUAAUAAAGAUGCGACGAGUAAGAAAAAUGAAUUGCCUGAUGAUGAUAAGGAUGAUAAUAAUGAUGAUGAUAAGGAUGAUGAUAAUGAUAAUGAUAAUAAUAAUAAUAAUAAUAAUAAUAAUAAUAAUAAUAAUGAGAAGAAGAAGAGUAAAAAGUUGGAUGGUUCGUUUAAAGAUGAUAUCACGAAGAGUAAAUCUAAUAGCCACCAAAAUGAUAUUUAUAAUAAUAACAAUUACAAUAUGGGGGUGAAGAACGUAGUUGUUUCGUCAAGCGUUAAGGAGGGUACGUGGAAGUUACAAAACGAAAUGACGAAAGAAAUAACAGCAGAAGCAUAUUUAAAAGUUUCUGAUAACAGCAUGAAACGAUUUGAAAAUAGAGUAAGACAAAUAUUAAUGUCUUCUGGUAGUACAACGUUUACCAAGAUAGCAAACAAAUGGAAUACUACAUUGAUUGGUUUGAUGACAUAUUUUAGAGAGGCUGUUUUAGAUACUGAAGAAUUAUUAGAUUUAUUAGUAAAAUGUGAGAAUAAGAUACAGACACGUAUAAAAAUCGGAUUAAAUUCUAAGAUGCCAUCUCGUUUCCCUCCUGUUGUUUUUUAUACUCCUAAAGAAUUAGGAGGUUUGGGUAUGUUAUCGAUGGGUCAUAUAUUGAUACCAGAAUCUGAUUUACGUUAUAUGAAACAAACUGAUAAUGGUCGAAUAACACAUUUCAGAUCUGGUUUAUCACAUGAAGAGGAUCAAUUAAUACCUAAUUUGUAUAGAUACAUAUCUACAUGGGAGAGUGAAUUUUUAGAAAGUCAACGUGUUUGGUGUGAAUAUGCAUUAAAAAGAAAUGAGUGUCAUAAUCAGAAUAAGAAGAUAACAUUAGAAGAUUUAGAAGAUUCAUGGGAUAAGGGUAUACCAAGAAUAAAUACCUUAUUUCAAAAAGAUAGGCAUACUUUAGCAUAUGAUAAAGGAUGGAGAAUAAGACAAUUAUUUAAGCAAUAUCAAAUUAUUAAGAGUAAUCCAUUUUGGUGGACAAACCAAAGACAUGAUGGAAAGUUAUGGAAUCUAAAUAAUUAUAGAACAGAUAUGAUUCAAGCAUUAGGAGGUGUAGAAGGUAUAUUAGAACAUACAUUAUUUAAAGGAACAUUUUUUCCAACAUGGGAAGGAUUAUUUUGGGAGAAGGCAAGUGGUUUUGAAGAGUCUAUGAAAUAUAAGAAAUUAACAAAUGCUCAACGAAGUGGAUUAAAUCAAAUACCUAAUAGACGAUUUACAUUAUGGUGGUCACCAACAAUAAAUAGAGCUAAUGUAUAUGUAGGUUUUCAAGUACAGUUAGAUUUGACUGGAAUAUUUAUGCAUGGAAAAAUACCAACAUUAAAAAUAUCUUUAAUACAAAUAUUUCGAGCACAUUUAUGGCAAAAAAUACAUGAAUCUUUGGUUAUGGAUAUAUGUCAAGUAUUUGAUUUAAAUUGUGAUUUGUUAGAUAUUGAGACAGUUCAAAAGGAGACAAUCCAUCCAAGAAAAUCAUACAAAAUGAAUAGUUCAUGUGCUGAUAUAUUAUUAUUUGCAAAUUAUAAGUGGGGCAUAUCAAAGCCGUCUUUAUUAACAGAUGAGGAUCAUAUAUUUACAAAUAAUACAACAAAUGGUAGUAAUAUUAAUAGUAAUAGUAAUAAUAAUAGUAAUAAUAGUAAUAAUAAUUCGUUAUCGUUUGGGGCCUUUCCUUAUACGUCUAAUCAAUUUUGGAUUGAUAUUCAAUUAAGAUGGGGAGAUUUUGAUUCACAUGAUAUUGAAAGAUAUAGUCGAGCUAAAUUUUUAGAUUACACAACAGAUAAUUUGUCUAUCUAUCCAUGUUUGACUGGUGUUUUGAUAGGUGUCGAUUUAGCAUAUAAUUUAUAUUCAGCAUAUGGUAAUUGGUUUAAUAAUUUAAAACCGUUAAUGCAAAAGGCUUUACAAAAGAUUAUUCAAUCGAAUCCUUCUUUAUAUGUAUUAAGAGAACGUAUUAGAAAAGGUUUACAAUUAUAUUCAUCAGAACCGACUGAACCAUAUUUGAAUACUCAGAAUUAUAACGAAUUAUUUUCAUCACAAACUAUAUGGUUUGUUGAUGAUACGAAUGUGUAUCGUGUUACCAUACAUAAAACUUUUGAAGGUAAUUUAACAACGAAACCAAUUAAUGGUGCUAUAUUUAUAUUGAAUCCUAAGACAGGUCAAUUAUUUUUAAAAAUAAUUCACACAUCUGUUUGGAUAGGACAAAAACGUUUAUCUCAGUUAGCUAAAUGGAAAACAGCUGAAGAAGUGGCAUCAUUGAUUAGAUCAUUACCUAUAGAAGAACAACCAAAACAAAUUAUAGUAACAAGAAAAGGUAUGUUAGAUCCUUUGGAAGUGCAUUUAUUAGAUUUCCCAAAUAUUAUAAUCAAAGGAACGGAAUUAAAUUUACCAUUCCAAGCAUUAUUAAAACUGAACAAAAUAGGAGAUUUAAUAUUAAAAGCAACACAACCACAAAUGUUAUUAUUUAAUUUGUAUGACGAUUGGUUAAAUAGUAUAUCAUCCUUUACAGCUUUUAGUAGGUUAAUAUUAAUAUUAAGAAGUUUACAUAUAAAUCCACAACAAACAAAAAUAUUAUUACAACCAAAUAAGAAUAUAAUAACACAACCACAUCAUAUAUGGCCAUCUUUUAAUAAUAACCAGUGGAUACAUUUAGAAGUACAAUUGAAAGAUUUAAUAUUAAAUGAUUAUUCUAAACGAAAUAAUGUGCACAUAGCAUCAUUAACACAAAAUGAAAUAAGAGAUAUUUUAUUAGGUAUGGAAAUAACACCACCAUCAAUACAAAGACAGCAAAUAGCUGAAUUGGAAAAGAAUAAUUUAGAUUCAAUGGAACAACAAAUGAAAAUAACAACCUCAAAAACUACAACCAAGCAUGGAAAUGAGAUAAUAGUUUCAACAUUAUCACCACAUGAACAACAAACGUUUACAACAAAAACGGAUUGGAAAAUAAGAUAUUUAGCAAAUAAUUCGUUAUUAUUUAGAACAAAAAAUAUAUAUGUUAAUAAUAUGAAUAAUAUGAAUAUUAAAAGUGGUACCAAUUCAGAGAAUCAAAAUAGUUAUUAUAAUACCAGUAUUAAUUCUAUUAAUGAUUAUACAUAUGUAAUAGCUAAAAAUUUAUUGGAAAAAUUCAUAUGUAUAUCAGAUUUAAAAAUACAAGUAGGAGGAUUUUUGUUUGGAUCUUCCCCUGAAGAUAAUUCAUAUGUGAAAGAAAUUAAAUGUAUACUAAUUCCACCUCAAAUAGGGAAUUACCAAUCAGUGACAUUAUCAAAUUAUAUGCCAUCUAGUAAAUAUUUAAAAAACUUGGAAUUGUUAGGAUGGAUACAUACACAGACAACUAAUUGUUCUAAUACGAAUAAUCAUUUGACAACAUAUGAUAUGGUAUCUCAUUGGACUUUUUUACAAGAAUGUAAGAGACAAAUGUCAAAAGGAAGAAACGUUGAUGGUGUGAAUGACAAUGAUGAGGAUGAUGAUAAUAAUGAUGACAAUGGUAAUAAUGAUGACAGUGAUAAUAAUAAUAACAAUAAUAAUGACAGUAAUAAUGACAAUAAUAAUGACAAUAAUAAUGAAGAGGCAUACAAAAUGUGGGAUAAAAAUAAAACUAUAAUUCUGACCUGUUCAUUUACUCCUGGUAGUUGUACAAUCAAUGCAUAUAAAUUAACAAGUGAUGGAUAUUCAUUUGCUAAAAGUAAAAAGAAUUCAUCAGAUUUAUAUGUAUUCCCAAAUGUAAAUAAUUUAUAUGAACCUGUACAAAUAUUAUUAUCAAAUGUUUUCGUUGGAUACUUUUUAAUACCAGAUGAUCAUAUAUGGAAUUAUAAUUUAAUGGGAAUCAAAUUUAAUAAUCAUCAAAAAUAUGCACCACAUCUUGAUAUACCACAACCAUUUUAUGCAGAUAUACAUAGACCAAAUCAUUUUCUACAAUUUUCAUUGCUUGACCAAAGAGACGCCGACGAGGCUGACGUCGAAACGUCUUUUAUAUGA